GGGUGUGGUUAUUCAAGGAAGUGAACAAUUCGUAUUCGACAUUGAUGAAUUGGCAACAUAUGCAUUUAAGAAUGAACUGCUCUGAAAUGUAAGGGAGUUAGUCUUAUAAGUGCAAGGCUCCCCAAGAAAGGAAAUAUAGUUUAGUGUAUUCAGAGGCACGUGAUUAAGUGUUUAAACUGUAAGGAUGACAAGUUUUGCUAUUGGAAAUGAUAAUGAUGGAGUCCGUAAAGAAAAGAUAUCUGGAAACUGGACACUCAAGACUUUUAAAACAGAAUCGACGGAAAUCGACUUCAUAAACAAUUUUUCUGAACCUCCUUCCCUGCAACGUAUUGCAGUAGUGUCGGUUGCAGUUGGGCUAUGUAUGGCUCCUGAUAUAAGGAAUGAAAUGACGCCUACUUCAGUAGGUUUUUUCUCAAACGAUAGCAGACUUAUGGCUGAGUUGGAGAAAAGAAUAUUAAACAGAUUGUCCACUAUCUCUUUGCCCUCAUCCCUGAAGACCGAAAUCUCAUACGUUAUUCUUCCCAUUUUGAUGCAGUUGUCGAAAGCGCUUCAUAGUUACUGCAUAUGGACAGAAUAUAAAAGAAAUCUCUGGGAGUAUUACUUGAAGCAUGGUACAAUUUAUUGGAGAGUUGAGGGAACAGUUGACAUAGUGAAAUCCCUUACGGAACUAUUCGAUAAGGGACGCUUAGGAAGCUUAAAUAUUAGCCAUUUGUAUAAGCGAGCUUGCUCUCGCUGUUUAGGGGAAUAUGCUUCAAUUUUGUGGGAGAAAAUUCCAGAACAAUUUAGAAACCUAUUUAGAAUCGUUCUGGUUUGGGAAAAUUACAAGCGUGAUUUGAUAAUAUAUUGGACCUCUGUCCUCGAGAAUAAUUUAGGGAGUUUACUAACUAGACUCAUAGAUCAUGAAAACAUAUACGAUGAUAAGCUUAGUAUUGAUGUAAAUAUGAUUGCUUGUUCGAUUCGAGUAAGUAAUAUAGUUGCCCUAAAGCACUUUUGGAAAAAAUUGUCGGAGCAGGAGAAAAAUGAUCAUUUGAGUAAAUGGCUUUUGCAAGCUACUCGACGUAUGGAAUUUAUAUAUAGUCUAUUUUAUCAGAAUCCUUCAGAAACUUUAGAUGUUUUAUGUUUUUUAUUAUCUCAUGUCAAUCGUAUAACUCAAAUGACCGAAUUUUUUCAGAAUCAUUCUAUCGUAUUAGUGUUUUUGUUCAGAAGUUGGCCAUAUCAAAGAAUAUUCUUGUCCACAAUUUUUGAACUAUUGAAUAAUCUUCAAGAAGACACUUAUUCAUUUAUAAUGCAGAAUAUUAGUUCAACGAUGAAAUUUCAGGGUUACAUGGGAAAUGAAAUGAUGAUUUUUAAAGAAAUAUGGAGUGCCAGUUCUUUAAGACUAAGACGAUCAUUUCUGAAAAAUGAACUUCUUUGCUUAGAUGUGUUGUUGGAUUUGUUGAAUAUAGGAAAUCUGAACAUGGCUAUUAGGAUAUUAAAUGAUGCUUCCAAAGAAGAGAUUAAACUAUAUAUCUGCUUUAUAUUUGGUCGGCAAGAAUUUAAGAGUGCUAUUUACUCAAGCAAUCUGAAUUCACUCCUCAUGUUAUUAUCAAAAUCUACCUUGCCACCAGAAUGUUAUCCCUAUAAAAUCAAUCGCAACGAGCUGAUAACAUCGUGGCUUAAUGAACUUAAUUAUUGGCAUAUUUGUAUUGAGUGGAUAUGCGAUGGCAACAUCCAAGCAGUUGAAUCUUUCUUGAGAUGGGCUUAUCAAUCUGCUGGAAUUGAAACAUUUAAGAAAACUAAGCGGCCUCCGUAUGUUAUCUAUUUGGCACUAAUAUUUUUGUCCAAUUAUGAGCUUGUGAAUCAUUUGAUGAAUUGGUAUUUCGAGACGAGGGAGGAAAUUCAACAAUUUAAAGCAGACUUUCUGCGAGAAAGUGAUAAUUAUUUUUUCAAGCUAUUCAUAGAAAUGCCGUUCAUUGUAUCAAAAACAGAAGGCAAUGCGUUACAAAAAUUUAUAAACUACAACUUGUCUUCUCUUGAAAUCACAGCAGAAUUUCGACUUAUUUGUCGUAGUUGUAUAGAGUAUGCACUGAGUAAAGGCUUUUUUGAAAGUGCCACCUUGCUUUUAAAUGCAUCUUUUGUUAAUAUCAAUGAAGUAAAGCGUUACAAAAACGAACUUAUACUAUCUGAGAAAGGAUUAAAAAAGGUUCUGCUCUUAAAUCAAUCACUAACUGAUGAUGACUGGAAUCAUGGGAAAGAAAUCGUAAUCUGGUCCUCGCCUCUAUCUUUAAAUACAGUCACAGAAUUAAAGUCACGAAUUCUGGAGCAGAAGACUAGUCACUCUUUCCAAGAUGAAUUGAAUCCACAGAUUUCAGCUCUCCUUGAAUUACUGGAGAGUGUUGUUGAGAAAGAUAGCAGAUGAUAGUUGAAAAUUUUUUUGCGAUCAAAAACGAAUGCAAAUAAAAUCAUAUUCUCUGUCAAAAGACAAAUCAUGUUUACUGUCAAACGUUUAAUUGUCUUAUAAUAAAUAUGUAACUCCGUUUUUUA